AUGAGGGUCGCUUCAGCCUGGACAGCACUUUUAUUCCUGCUUAUUCAGGGAGCCACAAGAGCCUGCACAGUGAAGAAAGUGGGCGGCAGCCCUGGAAGGUUUGCUAACGCCACUUUAGUGCGGCUCUCUGAGUUUCUGAGUGCUGGGUACAAGAAGGGGGUGAGACCAGUGAAGGACUGGAGGACGUCCACUAUAGUGGCCAUAGACCUCAUGGUUUACUCCAUCCUCAAUGUGGAUGAGAAGAAUCAGGUUUUGACUACGUAUGUUUGGUAUAGACAGUCUUGGAAGGAUGAAUUUCUGGUCUGGGAUCCAGAAGACUUUGAUGAAGUGAAACAAGUUUCUCUACCUACAGCUAACGUGUGGGUGCCCGACAUCCUCAUCAAUGAGUUCGUGGACGUGGGGAAGUCUCCGGACAUCCCUUAUGUCUAUGUGACACAUGAUGGACUGGUGAGAAACUACAAACCCAUCCAGGUGGUCACGGCCUGCACUCUCAACAUCUACAACUUCCCAUUCGAUGUGCAGAAAUGCAGCCUCACCUUCCAGAGCUGGCUGCAUACUAUUGACGACAUCAACAUCACGCUGAUGAGAAGCCCCGAGGAGCUCAGCGAGGACAAGAGUGUGUUCAUGAACCAGGGGGAGUGGGAGCUGCUCCACAUCCUGUCCAACUACAAGAUCUUCAGCGUGGACAAUGACGACUACUACGCCGAGAUGAAAUUCCAUGUGGUGAUCCGCCGGCGGCCGUUAUUCUACACGGUGAACCUGCUGCUUCCCAGUAUCUUCCUGAUGGUGAUGGACAUUGUGGGUUUCUAUUUGCCACCAGACAGUGGAGAGAGGGUCUCCUUCAAGAUCACGUUGCUGCUGGGCUACUCUGUCUUCCUCAUCAUCGUGUCUGACACACUGCCCGCCACCGCCAUAGGAACCCCACUGAUAGGUGUGUAUUUUGUGGUCUGCAUGGCCCUCCUGGUGAUCAGCCUCACAGAGACCGUGCUGAUCGUACGUCUGGUGCACAAGCAGGACUUGCAGCCCCCUGUGCCCCACUGGGUGAAGUACCUGGUUCUGGAAAGAGCGCCAGUCCUCUUCUGCAUCCACAAGAAGCACCGUCUGUGCUCCAGACUGUCCUCCCAGGCCUCCGACAUGGAUGACCUGUCCUUGUCCAAACCUGCAGCCCAGUGCACCCUCCACCACACCUGUGAGAUCGGCCAGAGGCUCAGCCAUCACGACAGAGAAGGCGGUCUGCUCGGAUUGGGUCUGCCGCCCUCCAGGGAACCCACCCCACCCGUCAUGGACAACAUCCUGCAGGAAGUGACGGCCAUACGGCACUUCCUGGAGAAGAGGGACAAGUGCCGGGAGGUGGCCAAAGAGUGGCUGCAGGUGGGCUACGUGCUGGACGUGCUGCUCUUCAGAGUCUACCUGGUGGCUGUGGUGGCUUACAGCAUCACACUGGGCACGCUGUGGUCGGUGUGGCAGGUCGCCUGA